GAAUUAAUAGACUUUUGUGCUUCAUCUCUUUUAUCUGUAGAUCUCUUUUAUCUGUAGGUGGGGUGUGUAGAAAGGCACUUUAAUCUUCUGGGUUUUAGAGAAAGUGAGCGCUCUUUCUAUCUUAAUCUCGACUUUCUUCUGGAAUGAAUGGCCGAUCAACCUGGUCGAGAAGACAAGCAGUUGAACCUGCCUUGGGAACAGAGGUUCAAACGCAAGCAGGAAGAAGUCGACUUAUGACAGCAGAAGCAGAAACAGAAUCCAACUUGAAAGUUGUCCCUUAUGCACAUUUGAAAGAUGCUACUAGGAAUUUCAGCUCAGGCGUGGGUGGAAGUAUGUUCAAGGGUUGGGUGAAGGAGGACAAGACGUUUGCACCUUCUCCUGUUGGCACUGGAAUUGCCGUUGCUGUCAAGAGAUUUACCCGUGCAAGUGAGGAAGACGACGAAAAGUGGGAGACCGAGUUGCUUUUAGAAAAGCCUCCUCAUGAAAACCUUGUCAAGCUCUUGGGAUACUGUGAUGUGAAGAAGAAGAAGAAGAAGAAGAAGAAGUCAUUCUUAGUUUAUGAGUUUGUGCAGAAUGGAAGCUUACCUAAUCAUCUUUUUAGAAAAUUUUUAAGGGAGCCACUAACUUGGGACAACAGACUCGAUAUAGCUAUUGGAGCUGCAAAGGGUUUAAGUUUCUUGCACAGUUUGCAAAUCAUUCACAGAGAUGUCAAACCGACAACAAUAAUGCUCGAUGGGAAUUACAAUACAAAAAUUUCAAAUUUUCACUUGGCAAUAAAGAAGCCAGAUGAUGGACAGUUGUAUAUGUCAGCUCCGGUUUGCGGCACAGUGGGUUAUAUCGAUCCCGAAUAUAUGAUAACAGGUCACUUAUCUAUAAAGAGCGAUGUGUAUAGCUUUGGUGUUGUGCUGCUUCAAAUUCUGACAGGGUUAACGGCCUGCGAUUAUAGCCAACCUCAGGAACGACUUAGUCUGGUUGACUGGGCCAUACCUCUUCUCUCUCAUAAGACAAAGUUGCAAACUAUAGCGGAUGCAGAUAAGCACCUUUAUAUUUCUCAGGAAGCAACGGAGACAGCAAAGCUUGCUCAAGAAUGUCUAAACAGAUGUCCUCAAGAGCGACCUUCCAUGGAACAAGUUGUCAGGAAAUUGGAACUCAUUCGGACAAACCGAACCCCUAGGCAGUGAUCUCUGCUCCUAGUUGUUCUUGUUAUUUGUUAUUUGAAAUUCUGAAUAAUAUAUCUAGCAGACUGUCCUGACAAGACUACAUAUGACAUGGGACUGAAAGAUCUUUCAAUUUCAAUUACACAAGUCAUGAACUGUAUUUUGUUAAUUAUCUGUAAGAAUGUUUGUUCCAACC